AUGAUCAUCUCGUGUUGUCCGGCUCAAAUCGUGCACUACUAUCGCUUCCGUCGCAACGCUCCUCGCCCUGCUUCUCAAAUUCGCAUAACCUGCGGGACCCUCGAGAGUUAUUCGACUGGUAUCGCCCGCCACGAGACCGAUACCGUUGAAGAGUUCGUCAGGUUCAUCACUGACUUUGAGCUCGAGAGCUCGCCCCGCCUUUAA